AUGACCGAGCAGCAGCAAGGAGGCUGCGGCUGCGCCCUCCUGUCACAAUUUUGGGGCGUGGGCCUUUGGGUGUACAUCUUCGUGGACUGCAUAGCCGUGGAGCUCGAGCGCAGUCUGCAGCCCUUUCAGCGGAUGGAUCUGACGGGCUUGCAGUGGGCUGGCUAUGUGGCCAUUGCAGUUUCCCUUUGGCUGGUGGAGGGGGUCCGUGCCUUCCAGAUGAGCUUCUCGCCAAUGCUCAUCCGCAGAGCACGUGAACUCCGGGAAGACUCCCCUGUGUGGGAGAAGAUCUUGGCGCCUUUCUUUGUCGCUGGACUCGUUUCUGCUACGCCUCGAAGGAUGAUCAAAAGCUGGCUGCUCAUUGUGAUUCUGAUCCCUGGUCUGGCGUUGUCAGUGCCACACCUGCCCUACCCUUGGCGCGAGGCCGUAGAUGCAGGCGUUGUGUUGGGCUUGGGCUGGGGCACUGCUGCUGUGGUUUAUUUCUGGCUACGGGGAUGGUUUGGGCCGGGAUGGCCUGCGAUCAGUGCAGACAUGCCCGCUAGCCGGACUAAGCCAAUCAGAGAAUCCCGUGAGCCCUUGGCGGAAGCUGCAGCCUAG